GUCUAUGCGGCAGGUUGACUGCUGCUGCUGCUCCACAGCUCAAAGUCAAGUGUAGUUUUUAUGGAGUCGCAUCUCUGACCAGUAUAACAGCUAAAAAGAAAAACUUCUCAAACCAAGGGGUAAAGUGUUUUCAGGGGACUUUAUACAGCUGUCUGGACGGGGGAUAGUAGCCUGUAUUUGUGCCAUGUUUUACUAACGGUUCAUGGAUUAUUUUCUGAAGCCCACACCUGCAGCUGAUUGUCAACUGUGAAGCAGGAUGAAUGGCUAUGAAUCCUCAACACUCGCCUCAGGCAUCUUUGGCUCCUACAACUCACAGAUCAACGGCCAUGGCUCUUCAUCUCCUGAGCUGCCCAAAAAUAAAGUCAAGUCCGGUGCCAAAGCUCUAUACGAACAAAGAAAACACUACACUAAAACCAGCAUCAAUAGCUUGACAGACACAUCACAGUAUCAUGUGGAGCACCUGACAACCUUUGUUCUGGAUCGUAAAGAUGGAAUGAUCACAGUAGACGAUGGUAUCCGACGACUCCGUUUGCUGGAUGCCAAAGGGAAGGUGUGGACACAGGAGAUGCUGCUGCAGGUGGAGGACAAGGCUGUCAGCCUCAUCGACCAGGAGACCAAGAAUGAGCUGGAAAACUUCCCUAUUGGGAUAAUCCAGCACUGCCAGGCUGUCAUGAAUGCCUGCAGCUACGACUCUAUCCUGGCUUUGGUUUGCAAAGAGUCAGGACAGGGUAAACCUGACCUUCACCUGUUCCAGUGUGACGACAUCAAGGCAAAUCUGAUCCAAGCAGACAUUGACAGUGCCAUGAUCGAUGCCAAAGGAGGCAAACCGAAGAAGAGGCCAGAGACGCUGAAGAUGAUCCUAAAGAGUGACGGGAUCAUCCCUCCACCCCCUGCUGCUCCUGCUCCUGAACCUCCAGCAGCUGACAGUCAAGUGGACGUGAAGAGCAGAGUGGCUGCAUGGUCAGCCUGGACCAAUGAGCAGCAAGACUAUGAGAGGCAGAGACAGUUUGAAGAGGACGGAUCAGUGGAAAUGACAGCAGCUCAAGUCGACAGAGAUGUGCAAAUUCUGAACCACAUCCUGGACGACAUCGAGUUCUUUGUCACCAAACUUCAGAAAGCUGCAGAGGCUUUCAACGAACUAAACAAGAGGAAGAAGUCUAAGAAAACCAAAAAGAAAGGACCAGGAGAGGGCGUCCUGACUCUGCGUUCCAAACCUCCCAGUGAAGACGACUUUGUGGAUUGUCUACAAAAGUUCAAACACGCCUUCAACCAGCUGGGGAAACUGAAGGAUCACAUCCAAAACCCGAGUGCUGUGGAUCUGGUUCAUUUCCUGUUCACCCCACUCAAGAUGGUGAUCCAGGCAUCUGGCAGCGUGGACCUGGCCCGCAGUGUCAUUGUGCCCCUACUCACCAGCGAGGCCAUCGACUUCUUACAUGCCUCAGGAACAGCAGAGGAGAGGCACCUGUGGGUGGCGCUGGGAGAUGGAUGGACCAAAUGCAGGUUGGAGUGGCCUAAGGAUCAUUAUUUCCCUCCCUGCGUGCUGAAGUUUCGGGAUGGCUGGGAGCCGCCAGCGUCGCCUUUGGUGGCUCCAUCUCAAGAACAGGAGCUGACUCAGCUGGCUGAGAGCCUUGUCAAUGCUGAAAUCCAGAGGAACGAGGAGCUGAAGCUCAGACUGACCCAGGAGCAGGCAGCGGUGCAGAGGUUUCCUCCUGUGGACGGGUACGCCUUCAGCAACACUUCCUACAAACGCAUGCAGAUUCUGGACCAGGACACGGCCGUGGCUGCCUUUAAACAGGCCAUCAGCCGCCGUGUGGACCGAAGUUAUGACGCUGAAGGCAGAGGCCAACAAAAACUGAUUGCCAAAUCUAAAUAUGACUUUGUUGCAAGAAACAACACAGAGCUGUCUGUUCUCAAAGAUGAAGUCGUAGAGGUUCUUGACGACAGGAAACAGUGGUGGAAAGUUCGAAAUGGCAGCGGGGCGUCCGGCUAUGUGCCAAACAACAUCCUGGAGAUCACCAAAGCUGUGGACAUGACGAGCAGAGGAGAGCCCAUCUACAGCCACACCAUCCAGCUCAUGAUGCCAAAGAAGGAAUUUGAGUUGUUCAAGCAAUUACUGGGAGAGUUGAACGAGAAGCAGACCACCUCUAAACCAGUGGUGACUCCGAUGCCUCCGGCUCCAACACCACCCCCUCCGGCACCGGCCAGGCUCCCCACACCACCACUGCCACCUCCAGCCACAGAGCCUGCCAAGCCAGCCACCAGCAGUGGCAACCCUGUCAGCCGACACAACAGCCUGACAUCCAAUGAAAACAACACUGUUGCCCUGAGGGACCAUGGCAACCAGCGAGCUGCUCCUGCCAACCGACGGAAAUCCAACAUGGAGGAAGUUCAGGACGAGCUCAUGCACAGAUUGACUCUGGGUCGCAGCGCUCAGAAGAAGUUUCAGGUUCCGUCACGGAGCGGCAGCCUCCCAGCCAUCAACAUCACCUAUGACUCCUCACCUGACGACGUCAAAGCCUGGUUAGAGACCAAAGGCUUCAGCCCUGUAACCAUUACCAGCCUCGGUGUGUUGACCGGUGCUCAGCUCUUCUCUCUCAACAAAGAGGAGCUGAAGACAGUUUGUCCUGACGAUGGUGCUCGAGUCUACAGCCAGGUGACGGUCCAGAAGGCAGCGCUGGAGAAGAGUUCAGGCUCUGAGCUGCAGGAGAUCAUGAGGAGGCGACAGGAGAAACUGGCAGCCAGUACCUGUGAUUCAGGGGUGGAGUCUUUUGAUGAAGGCAGCACCCACUGAGCUCCACAGACCUCCCUUAUUUUAUUUUAUUUUAUUUUAUUAGAUUCACUGUCUCAAACUGCAACCUGCUUUUUUUUUCUUUUUUUUUUUUCCCACACAUUGUCCAUCCUCAGGCGGCGGCCGACCGCGCACAGUUCGUGAAGAUCAUGCGGCGGCGACAGGAGCUCCUCAGCUCGUCACCAUAGGACAAAACUGAACAUCUGGAGCGUCCGGUUUGUUAAAACACAUGACUCUGCCAUGUUUGCCUGAAGCUCAUGUGAAUCUGACAGGACGGAAGACAACCUACUCAGUGGUUUCUCCAAAGUAAAACCUCUCAGUAUUAAUUUUAAGAGAAAAACAGCCGCUCCUCUUUGUGCCUCUAGUUCCUUUUCAGAUCUUAUAGAUGUGGUUAAAUCACGUUUCAUCCAGUCUCGGGUCAUAUUCAUAAAACAUCACAGCUGACUUACCUGAACUGUAAACAUUGAAGAAAUUCAGCUAAUACUGAAUUGAACAUCUCUCCCAUGAGUUAAAUGUUUUAGUAAUAUGUGAACAGUCUGGGGUUUGUAGGUGGAUCGAACUUCACAAAUGGAAUGUAACAGUCGUAAUGGUGUUCUCACCAGUGUAUAAAAAUGUGUUUUUGUUGUCUUAGAGUGAAUUGUUUGCCCACAAAGGAAGCAGGACAUUUCCACCACGGUUCCAUAGGAGUUUAGAGUGGACUUUAUUCCAUUUCAUGGUGGAUGGUGUUAAUGCACCUUAAUGGUGGAUGUCACCCACUGUAAAAUGAAUAAAACCCAGAACAGACAAAAACUGACUCAAUAGAGCGACGCUGGUGUUUGAAGUCAUUGUUAGGGUGUAAGCUGCAACCUCACCACCAGAUGUCACUAAAUAUCACAUACUGAACCUGUGAGGAGCCUGGACACUGACCCUGUGAAGACAUUUCAGCUGAUUCAGCACAAAGUCUCCCAAGAAAAAAAUGGGCCCAUUUUCUACAAAUCCCAUGUCCUCUGAACAUUCUGAUACUAACAUAAUAGUUUGGAAGACUUGAAUCAGGUGAAAAUAGACUUUGUUUGAGGCUCGUCUCUGUCUCAGCAAUGAACUGUCAUGAGAUCUCAUAAAACACAGUUUCAUCUGAAAAAGGACAAAGUCAGCAGGAAAAUAAAGAGGAUAAUUACAAUAAAAUAAUGUUAGUUAUGUGUAAAAACACAGUAUUAAUGUAUUGCUGUUUUAUUUAGACUUUCAUCCGUCCACGCACACUCAGGAUACAAACUGAACGGGUUUGUUUUUUUAAGAUAAAGCCUUGUAAAUCCAGGAUCUUUGGUGUUACUUGGUGACAUCUGAGCUGGGGUUUUGGCCACAAAAAAAAAAAAAAAAAAAAAGGCCGGUGCUCUGUGUGUUCUGAGAUUUUUAGUGUUGCAGAUUGUAAAUCUACAAGUAGAGUAUAAACACAAGAUAAGGGCUCUUUAUAUGGAAAUGAAGCACAGUGAUCAUCAUCUUCAUGGGAUUCCUCCACAACUAUAACCUAGUGUAGAAUAUUGUAUUUAAUUUGUGCAGUCAGAGCAUCCUAAAUCCUCCCAAAUCUCAGACUGGUACUUGGGCUCUGAGUGAGCCUUCACUUUCUUCAAAUAACAAGCUUUUACUCUGAAAAUACUGAGGAUUCCUGAAGGUCAAACCUCACCAAACAUGUUCAUUAUUAUUAUUAUUAUUAUUAUUAUUAUUAUUUAGAGUUUGGAGAGACUUUUAGCCUGAUGACAUUUUGUGAGUAUGACCCAAGAAUCUGUUUGUCUAACAGAGUCAAAACAACUGAAUCUGAGCUUUUGUUUUUAAAUAUCAGAUUCCUGGAAACCUUCGACAGUCUUCAACAGAAAAGUCCUCCUACUGUAAAUUCUGAUAAUUCUGUAAAAGGCACAAACUGGAGCUGACAAGUCACGUGAAUAUAAAACAGAAAAAAGAAAUAAAAAGUAAUUGAAUGUUGGCCUGAAUGUAUCCUGCUUUAGUAAACACAUUAAAUAUUUCUGUACAUUUCAUGUUAUUUCGGUGAACAUGAUCUAAUCUGUUUAUUUUAGUGUUAUACCAAACAAAUAUAUAAAUAAGUUAAUAUAAAUGAUGAUAGAAAUGAUCGACUGAAAAAC